AUGAUUUUGAAACAGAUUGUGUUUCUGUACCUAGUAAUUCUCACUAUUGGCACAGUUGCCGCCAAUGCUCGCCUCACAGUGACCCAAACCCUUGAAAGCCCUAUUGCGAUCGUAGCUGCCAACGUUACCUUCAGAUGCAUUUUCUCCCCUUCUGAUAAUUCUGCUGUGACUGUUGAGUGGUGGAAACUGGGCGAGAAUGAGUUUCUCCAGCCGGGCUCAGACAGCAGGAAACGGUUCCUUACCCAGAGUGGGGAAGCUUCCCUUCAGCUCCUGAGUGUCAACCUCCAGGACUCAGCAGCCUAUUACUGUGGAGUGAGAUAUCGAGGAAGAGGAAUGACAAAUGGAACUGGAUCAUCACUGGUUGUUCAUGCUCCCCCGAUGCAACCUAACAUCGUGUCUGAUGGGAACUCGACCACUUCUCUGACUCUAGUUUGUGAAACGGAUGGGUUUUACCCAGAGGAUAUCAGUGUCACUUGGUAUAAAGAUGAUAAGAAUGUUUUCACUGUAAAUAAAAGAAAGCAGCUUGGGAGAGAUGGGAGAGGUUAUCAAGUUUCGAGCUCCUUGGAAGAGACACAGCCCGUGAGGAGUGGGGCUGUUUACAUCUGUGUGGUAUCUCACCUAAGCCUCAAGUCUCCAAUCAUCGCUAUUUACUCUGUUCCUGUUUCUAAACAAGGUACGAUUGUUUUAUUUCUCUAA